CCGCGGGGCCGCGGUGCACUCGCCCUCGGGUCGCCGAGGAGACGCGUCCGGAGCCCCUGCCGCCCUUCGCCGUCCCAGCCAUGGCUGCACGCCUGCUCCGCAGCUCCCUGCGUUUGUGGGGUGGCCGGGGUGGCCGGGGUGCCCUGCGUUCACCGCCCGCCGCGAGGUAUUCUCAUUCUGGAGGGGAGGAACGUCUAGAAACUCCUUCUGCUGAAAAAUUAACAGAUAUAGGAACUCGAAGAAUCUUUUCGUCAGAACAUGACAUUUUCCGGGAAAGUGUAAGGAAGUUUUUUCGAGAAGAAGUGAUUCCUUACCACGCAGAAUGGGAGAAAGCUGGAGAAGUGAGCAGGGAGCUUUGGGAGAAAGCUGGCAAACAAGGACUGCUCGGUGUCCAUACUGCACAGCAUCAUGGUGGUGUUGGCGGAGACUUAUAUUCAGCAGCUGUAGUUUGGGAGGAACAAGCAUAUUCAAAUUGUACAGGCCCAGGUUUUUCUCUUCAUUCAAAUAUUGUCAUGCCCUAUAUUACACACUAUGGCUCCAAAGAACAGAUUGACCGUUUCAUCCCCCAGAUGACUGCUGGGAAAUGUAUCGGUGCCAUAGCAAUGACGGAGCCUGGGGCUGGAAGUGAUUUGCAAGGAAUAAAGACAAAUGCCAGAAAGGACAAAAGUGACUGGAUUCUCAAUGGAAGCAAGGUGUUCAUCAGUAACGGGCAGCUAAGUGACAUUGUGAUCGUAGUGGCAGCCACAAAUCGUGAAGCGCAGUCUCCUGCCCAUGGCAUUAGCCUUUUUCUGGUGGAAAGUGGAAUGAGAGGAUUUAUCAAGGGACAAAAGCUACAUAAAAUAGGACUAAAAGCCCAGGAUACUUCAGAAUUGUUCUUUGAAGAUGUACGGUUGCCAUCUACUGCCCUCCUUGGAGAAGAGAAUAAAGGCUUCUAUUACAUCAUGCAAGAGCUUCCGCAGGAAAGGCUAGUGGUUGCUGAUUUGGCAGUUUCAUCCAGUGAAUUCAUGUUCGAAGAAACCAGGAAUUAUGUUAGAGGAAGAAAAGCUUUUGGGAAAGUAAUUGCACAUCUACAGACAGUGCAGCAUAAGUUAGCAGAAUUAAAAACACACAUUUGUGUCACCAGAGCGUUUGUGGACAGCUGUCUCCAGCUGCAUAAAGAGAAACGUCUGGACUCUGCCACAGCUUCCAUGGCGAAAUAUUGGGCAACUGCCUUACAAAACACCGUAGCUUAUGACUGUUUGCAGCUCCACGGAGGCUGGGGAUACAUGUGGGAGUACCCGAUUGCAAGGCUUGGGGCCUGUGCGAAGCGAGGCUUAAUCAUUGCCAUUUCAAGACCUCUCUGCCAUACCAGGAAGAAGAGCCCGAGACACAGAGCUCCAUCACUAUGUGGUUAAACAUUCCUUCUGCUGCCUUUCUCUGUUAAUUUUAGUUGAUGACUGAAUUUAAUUAGUAACCUAUAAAAGGUCUACUGAUCUCUUUCAUUACCUACUCCACUGGAAUUUCUUUAAUGCGGAAAAAAAAAAACCCAAAAAUGCAAGCCCCAUCCAAUCCAAAAAUGUCUGAAAGCGCGGAGAUUGCUGAGGUAGGCAGAAGGGCCACGUAGGGUCUCCACCUGCACGUGCUGGGUUUCAUGGGCAGCAGGGGAAUCCGUUCAAAAGAAAAAACUAUACUUGAAAAUACAAAUGUCUUUAGAUUUCAAGUUUCAACAAAAAGUAGGUAUUGAGACUCUAAAAUUCCUCGGUAAUACACUAAAUCAGUAAAUAUUUACUGAGUGCUUACUUUUUGUAAGGUACCACGAUGAAUACAAAGAGUCCAGAAUUGGUCAUAUUCCUUGAGAGCUGGAACAUUUAAUUUGUCUCAAAUGUUAAAGUUAAAAAAAUAAAAAUAAAACAUAAAAACCAAAAACAGAUUCUAUGUUUGGACAAAAAAAAAAAAAAAAAGAAAGAAAGAAAGCCUUUGAAUUUGUCUACUAGGAAAGUCCAAAGCUCAGUAACUAAUCCUACAUGCUUGGGCCAAUGAAAAUACUGUGAGGUAAUGAAAAAGAUACUUGCAAAGUGGCAAGAUACCUACCUGCCAAUUAUCUGUUAUGUGAUCAUUAAAUAACAACCAUUAAUUAGUACAUGUAUUAACUACUCUCCAUCUCAGUUCUCUUACCUACAAAACAAUAAUGAUAUUUAUCCUUCCUGAUGCCAGAGCUGAUAGGGUAAAAUCAAAUGAAAAAAGGCAAAAACAACUAUGCAGUAUCAUGGUUACUCUCUUUGCUACCAAAGGUGAAUUCCUGGUAACAUUGUGUGUGUGUGGAGUAAACUCAGCUACCCAGUAUUUUAAUGUCAUACAUUAUUGGAGUGACUAUUAAUCAUUUCCAAAAAAUAAGUUACUUGUUAACUUUGUGGGAAGUAAUAUUUUCUAAAGCAUCAAUUUACACUCCUGGUGGCAGCAGUUGUGGUGGGAACCUAAAGGAAUGUUAGAAAAAAAAUAGGUACUUUCUUUUCUCUUUUGUUUCCUAUAAAACCAGUGGAUUUCAACCUUUUUGAGGAAACAUUAAAGAUAAUAAGAAAUUGAGACAUUC